UCCCUUCAAAAAUGGAGGAAGAGCUCAAAUGCACAAUAUGCAUUCGAUUUUUCGAAGACCCCAUCAUUCUUACCUGCGGCCACAGUCUCUGCAGAAUGUGCGCCCUGAAAGCCCACCAGCCGUCAACCUCGUCGGGAAGCUCGUCCACUUCAUCGCCACGUCCCUCGACACCUGGAAUUUUGUCACAAAUUCUGAGCUCGGCGAGCUCACCGAUCUCCCCACAAAGUGCUGGUAGUAGUAGUGGAGCAUCUGACACCAUGUCACUUUGUGUUUCGGACAAUGGGGACCAUGAAAGUGAUAAGCUAUCAGUUGUGUCGGAGACCGAUUCUGGAGUCGUCGGAUGUGGUAGAACCAGUCGACCGUCAAGCAUCAUCGGUCCACCUCUAUCCCGCCUACACAACAUCCUAACACCAUCCACAAGCGGCGUGCAACUUGUCUGUAAUUCGUGUCAAAAGCCGAGCUAUUUCUGCGAUGAGAACUCGAUCGUCAGCGCGCCCACGAAUCUCGCAAUGCAAAACGUGAUUCGAAGGUAUCUGCUGGCCCAUCCGGACAAGGCGUUCUUAACGCCGUCUUGUUCUGGAAGUUCUGGAAGUUCUGGAAGUUCUCAAUCGUCCGAUGAAGCAUCGUCACAGUGUCAGCUAUGCGAGGGGAGUGAAAAUCGAAUGGCAAAUGUGUUUUGCGAGCAAUGCGACAUUUAUUACUGCACACCUUGUCAAACUGCGUUGCAUCCUGCCAGAGGACCACUUGCAAAACAUAACUUAUUACAAGCAAAUGAUGGAGAGAGAAAGAAAUCAUCGGCCAUCACUACAGCCACCACUGUUCGAGAUUUGCUGCGCUGCGCAACACACCCUGGGGAGGGAUUAACCAUGUAUUGUCUGGCAUGUAAGGUGCCCGUGUGCUCCAGAUGUCUCCAAGACCUUCGACACGCCAAUCACGAUGUGCAGAGUCUUCCGAUCGCUUGCAAAGGGCACAAGACAGAACUCUCUACAACGCUCCAGCAACUAUCGGAAAAGGCGAAAACCGCAACAGAAGAAAUCGGAAGGCUUAAAGGACUCCAUGACGUCGUCAAGAACAACUGCAAUGAUUUCAAGUCUUCUCUGUGUAUACAAAUCGACCAGCUCAUUGAGCAACUUCAAAUGAGAAAGGAGAAGCUCAUGCAGCAUGUCGAUGAGCAGGCCGAUAAUAAGCGACGAAUAUUGAAGUCACAGAUUGUCAAAUGCACUGGGAAAUUGACAAAGACUUCUGCUCUUAUUCAGUUUUGUAUCGAGGCGCUGAAGGAGCCAGAUCCGACGGUGUAUAUGCAGAUUUCCAACGCCCUUCUCCACCGCUCAACAAGUUUAGAAUUUCUAUGGCACAAGGAGAUGCGUACGAAGCCUGAAACCGACUCGGAAUUUGUUCUCAACCUUGACACCAAACAUUUGCAGUAUACAAUUCAGACGCUCGACUUUGCACAACUGAAAGCAGGCCCUAGAGGCACAAGAUUCAAGGGCGAUGCAUCGAGAGUCCCAUCUGCUCCAAUAAUUGAGACAUCCGAGUGCUCUGCGGAGAACAACUCGGUUACUGUAGUCUGGAGGCCUCGAAAUGACGGAAGCGCAGUUGAUGGAUUCGCAUUGGAAAUUGAUACGGGAAGGGAUGACGGGAACUUUAAGGAAGUCUACUCGGGACCCGACACGAUUUGUACGAUCGACGGGCUUCACUUCAACACAGUCUACGCGGCUCGCGUCAAAUCUUACAAUUCGGCUGGAGAAAGCGAAUACAGUGAAUCGAUCUGCCUGCAAACGGCUCACGUCGCUUGGUUCCAGCUCACAAAGUCUCCGUCUCAACGGGACAUGAUUUUGUCGAAUGAGUGCGCGACUUUGAGCGGAAGCUCUUUGGAGUAUAGGACGAUUCUGGGCUCAAUUGCUUUUUCAAAGGGAGUUCACUACUGGGAAGUCACCAUCGACCGUCAUGACGGAAACUCGGACAUCGUUAUCGGUGUGGCUCAACCAGCGGUGAAUCGAAAUGUGAUGCUUGGAAAAGAUCUUCACGGAUGGUCCAUGUAUGUGGAUGGAGAGAGGUCAUGGUACCUUCACAAUGAGACACAUCAUAAUAGAGUGUUGGGAGGUGUUACGAGAGGGACUGUUAUUGGAGUUAGGUUGGAUUGUGACCGCGGCACCAUGGAGUACACCGUUAACGACAGAAAACGAAUUUAUCAAGACGAUUCGAUGGCUUUCACAAACAUGCCACGUGGCCUCUACUACCCCGCGUUCUCCGUCAAUGCCAACUCAUCUAUUACAGUACACACGGGCCUCUCGAGUCCGUCUUCCUAAUUGGAUCCUAAAAAACUUUUGACCAGAAUCUUUCAUCCCCAAAAAACAUUGAAAUUUAUAACCGGUAUUCAUGUUCAACAUGUUAUGGACUAUUUGUAAAUUGUUCAAUUAAGCUCGGCAACUUUUUAAUAAAAAGUUUAUAUA